CACAGCACGUUGUCAGGCUACUGCAGGCACUUGCACGGACAGCCCUGAGUGUGCUAUAUUGCGGGGUCCUAACAGUCUGGCUGCUUCGGCUGCGAAGAGGAGACAGCAGCAAUGGCGGAUUUCGAUACCUACGACGAUCGGGCCUAUAGUAGCUUCGGAGGAGGCAGAGGGUCCCGACGUGGUGAUGCUGGCCCUGGUCCUCGCAAACAGAAAGAUCUUCCUACAGACCCACCUUUUACAGCGUAUGUGGGUAAUCUUCCAUUCAAUACUGUACAAGGAGACAUAGAUACCAUCUUUAAAGAAUUGAGUGUGAGGAGUGUGCGGCUAGUCAGAGACAAGGAGACAGAUAAAUUCAAAGGAUUUUGCUAUGUAGAAUUUGAUGAUCUGGAAUCCCUUAAAGAAGCCUUGGCAUAUGAUGGUGCACUUUUAGGUGACCGUUCCUUGAGAGUGGAUAUAGCAGAGGGCAGAAAACAAGAUAAUAAAGGUGGCUUUGGUUUCAGGAAAGGAGGGUCAGAUGACAGAGGACCCGAUAGUUUCGGCUCUAGAGGAGCUCCAAAAGAUGACUUCAAUUCUGGCUUUAGGGAUGAUGACUUUUUAGGAGGCAGAGGCAGAGGAGGUCGCGGUGGGCCUGGUGGGCCAGGUGACAGACGAGGGCCUCCACCUUCAGGACCUGGCCGUUUCAGAGAGGGACCACCACCACCACGUGGUGGUGCCACGGACUUCAGAGAACCCUCAGAUGAAGAGAGGGCACAGAGGCCACGACUUCAACUUAAACCAAGGACGGUUGGAACUCCCCUCAAUCAAGUAGCCAAUCCAAACUCUGCAAUCUUUGGUGGCGCUAAACCCAGAGAAUCUGCAGAAAAGGAAAAAGAUUGAGCUAAAGGUUGGGAGGAACAGAGGAGAGAGUAAGCUGGUCACUCUGGAUCAUCAACCCCGCAGUUACCAUUCCUGCCUCCUGACGUUCGUUCCUCAUUACCCUCCUGUCUGAAACUGAACACUGAGCUUGUGAAUGCAUGUCAGCUGUUAACAAGUGGUUUUUAGUAUGUUCUCUGCUUUUCUGUAUUUAGUACCUGCAUUGUGCUGUUUCCACCUCCUAUUCCUCUUGCUGUCUGCAGGAUUCCAUCCUGCAGGGAAGGAUUCCUAUGAAAAAUGAAAUUCAUUUUGGACUUGAUGAACUACAGUUUCCUCAGUACAUCUUCCUUUUCUGUUUAAUUUGGGGGCACAUGUGUUAUUAUGCCAACACUUGAAUUUGCUGCCCCUGAAUUACUUAGUGCUUUGCUUUACUUCUAACCUGCAUGUUUCGUUCUGUAUUGCCAAGACUCUGUGAAAUGGUAGAACCUGGUAUGUUUAUGUGCCAGGGAUUAAAGAGCCCACCACCUGGUAUCUUUUAAACUUGACAUGGCUAGGGUUUUUUGGCUUUAAGCCUUUACCACAAACACCUCCCUAUUACUCUGUACACAGUGUACUAUACACUUUUCCAUGUGGAGAAGAUUUGUCUAAAUAUCUUGUUUUAUUUUCAUUUAGCUUGAUAAAUAGAGUUUACUUAUAUAUGGCUUAACUUUUCACAUGUGUCUAAUUUACUCUGAAAUGUGUCUCGCAAUGAAAUGGACACCGUGUUGUAUUGUGCAAAUUAUGUAUAAAAUCAACAAAGGCAAUUUGUGGAUUGGGUAAGAGUUGUGAAAGGAAACUCACACUAAAAUUUUUCAUAUGAAAUAUUUUAUGUUGCUGCUACUUAAAACUUUCGAACAUACAAAAAUAAAGUUGUUGUUUUUUUUUUGUUUUUUUUAAGUAUAGCUCUUCAAAUGAUGAAUUGAAUUCAGCCUUAAGUAUAAGUUUGUUUGUUUUUUGUGCAGUUGGUCACUCUUCCUCUGAAAUGAAUGCAGCACAUUUCCAGGUCUUCUUGAUUACUUUUUCGGUGUCUGCUUUACACCAGAUCUACUUAAGCAUUUGUUUUAGUUCUGUUUGGGCAACUUCCAUAGCAUUAUGCAAAUUGUACCCUUGUUGUGUGUGCUCUUGUUUGUACAAACUUUAAGGUGGA